AUGUCUGAUUCAAAAUCAGUACUAAGUAAUAAAGAAACAUCAUUUCCAAGAGGUGGUAAAACUGCUUUAACUCCUUUAGAAGUAAAAGAAAUUUCGAAUGAAGUUCAAAAAGAUGUUUUAUUCGAGUCAUCAUCAUUAAAUAAUAAGAGAUCAAUAAAAUCAAAAUCCGAUCAACCAAAAAAGAAGCAAAAGAAAUCAAACAAGAAAAAUAAGGAUAUAGAAGAUGAUGAAGAAGAAGUAUCAAUACCUAUAGAAUAUUUAACUUUCAAAAAUUUAAUAACAGGAUCUUUAGUACUUGGACAAAUUCAAUCAAUUAAUAAAUUGGAUAUUGCUUUGGCCUUGGGCGAUAAUUUAGUUGGUUACAUACCUAUAACAUCAAUAAAUUCAUAUAUAACUAAUCUAAUAGAAAAAUUUGAAGAAGAAUCUGAGUCAGAAUCUGAGUCAGAAUCUGAGGAUGAAGAUGAACAAGAUGAUGCAUUGAUUAAAGCGAAAGAAUUUCCAAAUUUAUCAAAUAUUUUCAAAAUAGGAUCAUGGUUAAAAGCAAGAGUAUCAAUACCCGAAGAUUCAAAUAAAAAAAGAAUAGAAUUAAAUAUAGAACCAGAAAUUGUAAAUGAAAAUUUAGAAAAUGAAGAUUUAUUACCAGGAAAUGUUUUACAGUGUUUUGUUAAAUCAAUUGAAGACCAUGGGGUUAUAUUAGACACCGGUAAAUCAGUUUCAGGAUUCAUAAGUAAUAAAGAUUUAGAUAUUGAAGUUAAAGAAGGUACUGUUAUAUUAUGUUCAGUUCUUUCGCAACCAAAAGGUAGAACUAUCAAUUUAAAACCAGUAACACAACCAAAUAAAAAAUAUUUAUCAUCAAUAACUUCAAUAGAUUCAAUACAACCUGGUAUAAUAGUCGAUGCAUUAGUUACUGAUGUUACAUCUACAGGUUUGGUUACUAAAGUUUUUGGUUUAGUUGAUGGUACUAUAAAUUUGUCAAGUAUUCAUGAAUUUGAUUUAUCAAAAUUAAAACUCAAGUUUGCAAUUGGUUCAAAUAUAAAAGCUAGAGUAAUUGCUGUUUUAUUUAAAAAUGGUACCAAAAAGUUGGUGCUUUCAAUCAUACCCCAAAUUUUACAAUUGGAAAAUAAUACGAAAGAAACCGAAUCUUUAGAAGCUUUUCCAAGAGGUCAUACUUUCGAUGAAGUAGAAGUUAUUGGAGUGGAUUCAAACUAUAUUUUUGUCAAAUUUGGAAGUUCUGAGUUAUUUGGACAAAUUCAUAAUUCAAAAAUAAAUGAAAACAAAACAUUGACUGAUUAUUCAGUUGGCUCAAAACAUAAAUCAAGAGUUAUUGGAUACAAUAUAAUAGAUUUAUUAUUAAUAUUGAGUUUUGAAUCUAAAGUAAUAAAUGCUAAAUAUUUAGAUGUCAAAGAUAUUCCAAUUGGUACAUUGAUAAAAGAUGUUGCAAUUUCGAAAGUUUUACCAGAACAAGGUGGUAUUAAUGUUAGUUUUGAUGAUUUCAAUGGAUUUGUACCUCCGAAUCAAAUGUCAGAUAUAAAAUUAGUAUACCCAGAAAGAAAGUUUAGAGUUGGCUCAAAAGUAAAAGGUAGAUUAUUAAAAUUUAAAGGUAGCAAACCAUUAAUAACAUUAAGAAAAGCUUUAGUAAAUUUAGAAGAUGAUGAAAUAUUAUCAAAUUUUGAUCAAGUUUCAAUUGGUUUUAAGAGUAACGCAAUUGUUGAAAAAUUCGUUCAUAAUGGUUGUAUAGUUUCAUUCUUUGGUGAUUUAAGAGCUUUCCUUCCUAAAAAUGAAAUAUCUGAAACCUUUGUUGAUGAUGCAAGUAAUUAUUUGAAAUUGGGUCAAAUUGUUAAAACUAGAAUAUUAGAUAUAAAUAAGGAUACACAAAGAUUAAUUGUAUCAUUGAAACAAUCAACAACUAUUACAUCAUCAGAAAUCAAUCAAUUGAUACCAGGUAAAUCAGUUGUUGAAGCAAUGGUAGUUGAAAAGAAGAAUAAUUCAGUAAUUAUAAGCAUUGAUGGUGUCAAUGGAGUUAUACAUGAUGGACAAUUAUCAGAUAAAAAUUUUGAACAAAAUAGAGCAGCUUUCAAGAAAUUGUCAAUUUCAUCAAAAUUAAAAGUUUUAAUAAUUGAAAAAGAUAUCAAAAAUCAAACAGUCAUAUGUUCAGCUAAACAAUCAUUAAUUGAUGAUGCUGAAAGAGGUUUAUUACCAACACAAUUUGAAGAAAUUGAAUUAAAUAAAUCUAUACGAGGUUUCGUCAAAUCAAUUACAAAUUUAGGUUUAUUUGUAUCAUUUUCAAAUAAAUUAACUGGUUUAAUAUUAGCAAAAUAUAUUAAUACAAAAGAAGACCUUAAUAAGAAAUUUUUCAAAAAUCAAUCAGUAACUUGUAGAGUUAUAAAUAUUGAUUUGGAGAAUAAAAGAUUUUUAUUAUCAUUAGAUUCAAAAGAAAAAGAAGAUGAAGAAGUUAUAAAUCCAAUAGAUUCUUCCAAAAAAUUAAUAUCUGAUUUUACACCAGGUGUUGAAACAUUAGCUAAAAUAAAAUCAAUCAAAGGUACUCAAUUAAAUGUUCAAUUGGGUGAUAAUUUACAUGGUAGAGUUGACAUAACACAAGUUUUUAAGUCAUUUGAUGAUAUAAAACUGAUUUCACAGCCAUUAAAUCGUUUCCAUAAAGGUGAACAACUUAAAGUUAAAGUAAUUGGAUAUCAUGAUGCUAAAAAUCAUACAUAUUUACCAAUAACACAUCGUAGAUCAAACAGAAAUACUGUGUUAGAAUUAUCGAUUAAUGAUCCAAAGAAUGUUUCACAAUUAAAAUUAUCAGAUAUUAAAAAAGGUCAAGAAUUUAUCUCAUUCAUUAACAAUAUUACAAAAGGUUUUGUUUGGGUUUCAAUAUCUCCAUCUAUCAAAGGUCAUAUACAAUUUUUAGAUUUAUCAAAUAAUGGACAAAUUUUUGAAGAUUUAGAUAAUAAAUUACCAAUUGGUUCAGCAUUAAAAGUUAAAGUUAAAUCAGUAGACCAACAACAUCAAACUUUAUCAUUAACUGCAAGAACUGAACAAGUUGAAUCAAUAAAAGAUUUGAAAAAUGGUGAAAACUAUCCAGCAAAAGUUAUAAAAGUUAAAGAAAAUUAUGUAUUAGUUGAUUUAGGUAAUAGUUUGAUUGCUUCAUCAUUCAUAACCGAUGCUUUAAAUGAUUAUACUAAAAAAUUAGAUUCAGUUUUUGUUAAUGGUGAUUUUGUAAGUGCAACAAUUUUAGACAUUGAUGCUGAAAAUAAAAAAAUAGCAGUUAGUUUAAGAACUGCGGAAGGUGCAAAGGAUAAAGUUAUUGAUUCUUAUAAAGAUUUAUCAAGAGGUGAUAUUGUCAAUGGGUUUAUUAAAAAUAUUGGAAAUAAUGGUAUUUAUGUUUCAUUAGGUAGAUCGGUAUUUGCACUAGUUCGUAUAUCAGAUUUAUCAGAUUCAUAUUUAAAAGAUUGGAAGAAAUAUUACAAAGUUGGUCAACCAAUUCAAGGUAAAAUUGUAAAUUGUAAAGAAGAAAAUAGAGUAUUAAUGACUUUAAAAGAAUCUGAGAUUAAUGGUGAAUUAAAAACUUUAAAACAAUUUGAUGAUUUAUCAGUUGGUGAUAUAUUUGAAGGGGUAGUUAAUAAAACUACUGAAUAUGGUGUUUUUGUUAAAUUAAAUGGUACUUUAAAUAUUUCAGGUUUAUGUCAUCAUUCUGAAAUUAGUGAAAAUGAUGUAACUAAUGUUUCAUCAAUAUUUGGAGAAGGUGAUAAAGUUAAAGUUAAAAUUUUGAAAAAAGAUGAUGAAAAGAAACAGUUAUCAUUAGGUAUGAAAGCAUCAUAUUUUACUGAAAAUGGAACAACUGAACAACAAGAAGAGGUGGAAGACGAACAAGAUGAGAUGGAAGUUGAUAAUGAAGAAGAAGAAGAAGAAGAAGAAGAAAACUCAUCAGAUUCAGAUGUUGAUAUGAAUGGAGAAGAAAAUGAAAGUGAAGAUGAUGCAAGUGAUAAUGAAGAAGAAGAAGAAGGAAAUAAAUCUAUAGGUUUAUCAACUAAUGGUUUUGAUUGGACUGCAUCAAUUUUAGAUCAAGCUGAUGAUGAUGAAAGUUCAUCAGAUGAAGAUGAAGAACAAUUACCAGAUUCAAAUAAUAAACGUAAAAAGAAAAAUCAAAAGAAAUUCAUUGAAGAUAAAACAGCAGAUUUAAAUACAAGAGCACCACAGUCAACACAAGAUUUUGAAAGAUUAUUAAUUGGUAAUCCAAAUUCAUCAAUUUUAUGGAUGAAUUAUAUGUCAUUUCAAUUACAAUUGAGUGAAAUUGAUAAUGCAAGAGAAAUUGGUGAAAGAGCAUUGAAAACUAUAAAUUAUCGUGAAGAAUUGGAAAAAUUAAACAUCUGGAUUGCAAUGCUAAAUCUUGAAAAUACAUUUGGUACAGAAGAAUCAUUAGAUGAAGUUUUCAAAAAAUCAUGUCAAUAUAUGGAUUCAUUCACAAUGCAUCAAAAAUUAAUAAAUAUAUUUAUAAUGUCAGAGAAAUUUGAUAAAGCUGAAGAACUAUUAAAAGUCAUGACCAAGAAAUUCAAUAAGAAUAUAAAUACAUGGAUCUUGUAUGGUUCAUUUUUAUUAGAUCAAAAUGAUAAUGAUAAAGUUCAUGAAAUUUUAAGUAGAGGUUUAAAAGUUUUACCAAAAUCAGAACAUAUUGAAUUGGUUAAAAAAUUUGCUCAAUUGGAAUUUCAAAAAGGUGAUCAAGAACAAGGUAGAUCAUUAUUUGAGGGUUUAAUAAGUGAUGUUCCAAAAAGAAUUGAUUUAUGGAAUGUUUAUAUUGAUCAAGAAAUUAAAUAUGAUAAUGAAGAAAAUGAUAAUAAAUCAAAAAUUGAAAAUUUAUUUGAAAGAGUAAUAUUGAAUAAAAAGUUGACAAGGAAACAAGCAAAAUUCCUUUUCAAUAAAUGGUUGAAAUUUGAAGAAGAUAAAAAUGAUGAAAAUAUGAUGAAUAAAGUUAAAACUAAAGCUAUAGAGUAUGUAGAAAGUCACAAAGAUUAG